GGGCUGCUUCCACUAGUUGUCGGUUGGUUAUUUCUGAUCAAUCACACCCUCUAACCUGUCUCAUUCCCAUUCGCUUUGGCACUUUAUUUCCUCGCCACACAUGGCUAGGGUCGUCAAACUGCGCUUUCAUCAUGAUGAACCUGGCUUCCACUUUAUUAUGAAUUUGAGGAGGCGUUCCGGGAUCGGGCCAUAUAUGUCAACAUCCAGCGCCUGAUCCUUAAGUUUACACGUAGCAUGGCGUCUGAACCCUUUGUCUGCCCUCGUGCUUCUGAAUUUUGACCAUUUUUUCUUUCUGGGGGCAUGUUGGUCCCUGCCAUUUUCAAUAUUUUGCUUGAGAAGCCCUGCUGACCUUCCAGAGGUAUAAAGACUCGUCGUUCUCUCCCCUUCCUUCUUUCCAUCCUCAACCCACUUCAUCCUUUCGUCCUGAGUGUCUCGGACCAUCAAGCAUCUACUCGCCUUGACUAUGCCUGUUCGGAUACUAGAAUCGACUUCGAAACGUGCCUACGUCCAUCUUUUAACGGAUGGAAAGUACCUGCCAGGGGUUCUCGUCAUGCACAAGUCUCACCUUGAUACCAAGAGUCGGUAUUCCUUUGUGGUGAUGUUGACGCCAGGUGUGGACCAGAGUGUGCGGGCCGCACUUCAAAGUCGUGGUAUUAUUGUGAAGGAUAUAGAAUACUUGCGACCCCCGGCAUCGAAGCACCAGCUUAACGAUUAUGAUAAGAGGUUCUCCGAGACGUGGGCAAAGCUAAGGGUUUUUGAACUCGUCGAAUACGAGCGCGUUAUUCUACGUGACAUAGAUAUGCUUCUGCUCAAGAACAUGGAUGAUUUGUUCGACUUGUCGAUACCCCAUGAUCAUAUAGCCGCCACUCACGCGUGUUCGUGUAACCUGAUGAAGUUUAGACAUUACCCUAGUGACUGGGUUCCCGCGAAUUGCCCUUACACACCCCUUACCUGGCCAUCGUGUCUAGACCGGGCGACGGCCGUGACUAAAAAUUCCCCCCGAUGCCACCAUCUUCUGAAUGGAGGUCUCGUCCUACUCCAUCCCUCUCUUGAAAUGGCACGCCACAUCCAAAAUGCCCUAUACACUUCCCCUCAGAUCAGGAAAUACCGUUUCCCAGAUCAGGACCUUCUUGCGGAUGUCUUCAAAAACAAAUGGGUGCCCCUUCCUUACGUCUACAACGCAAUGAAGCACAUGCGCAUCGCACACAAGGACAUUUGGCGAGACGCGGAUAUCAAAUGCCUGCACUAUGUCAUGGAUAAGCCAUGGCAGUAUCGUCCCCUCCCCCCAUCUGCUACCUCGGGAGUUCAACGGGAAACUCAGUUAUCGACGACCCUCGCAUCCUGCAAGGCGGGUGGCUCGCUGCUGGAGGGAGCCGCCAUGAGGAGGAUACAACAAGAAUUCGACGAACUCGUUCAUCACUGGUGGGCUGCUUUCGACGAGCUGGAACUAGAAAUGUCCGGAAGUGAGCAUUGGGAUGUUAUCGAAGAAAAUGUGAACCGUCACCCAGUCUCUGUCUUCAACGCCAAUUGAGGAACCCCAUCCCCAUUUCCCCAAAUGGAUAUUUGAUUUUGAUGUCUUUCCCUUUUCCCGCUGCUUUCUCCUCUUGUCUUGUUCCGGGCAGUCCAAGUGCAACCUUUCAUUCAAAUUGUCCCCGCGCCACCUCCGCCUCCGCUUUCGGCAUUCCGCCUUCAUCAAAAUUCGGGCUCGGCUACGGCCGACAUUUCGCAUCUUGCCUGACAAUUUUGUAAAUUGUCGCCGAUCAUAGAUUUCCAUUCCUUCUUGCAAUUAUUUAAGUAGUUGUCUUCCUCUGCACCGCGUGGCACUGCCCCCUACAAACCCUGCUUGUGUUCAUCCGCGUUUGCUCAUUUAUAGAUGAUAGACAUGGGGUGCCUUAGCAAAAUGUGUACAUACAAUCAGUCCACAUAAUUCAGUCUUGCCUUCAC